AGCGGAAUAAAACAGAGAAAUCGCAAUAAAAAGAACACCAGCACGGGACGCUCAACUUACGUAAAGUAAACCCGCAACGCGUACGUCUGAGGACGGCUUCCCCCGGUAUACGCAGCAUUUGCCGCAAAUGACAAUUUUGGCGAGAUGUUUUCGCUAGUAGCAGAUUAUGGCGAUAGUGAAGAAUCGACCUCAUCCGAUUCAUCGGAUGAUAGUACCGGAGGACACCGAUCACACAAUCAGCCACUGGCUGAACCCACCAUCAAACAACAAACCAGUACUCUAACGGAUGGCCAAUCGGUGUCGCUGCCCAGUGCCCGUGCUAUGCUACAGUCCGGUUCGAGUCGCGUCAUAAAGGGUAGCGUUUUUAGCAAUCCCUUCCGUGAAGCGGAAGAAGCCAAGUUGGCCAGUCUAGAGAAGCACGUAAAGAUGGUCGAUCCAGAAGCAAAUAUGGCGGAACAGAAGCGUAAAGUGUGCUGGAGUUAUAAGAAGGGUCGGUGUAGGUUCGGUAGUAAAUGCAACUUUGCGCACGAUUCCGAUUUGAUACUGCGCAAAGAGCUGCCCACGGAAGCCGGCAGUGAAAAUGAGGAACUGGAUACAGGAACAGGUACCGUUGACGAGUCGGCAGCCACGGUUAUGGUGAAGAAACCGUUUCCACCGGAUAGGAAGAAAAGGCCCGGUUUAAGCCGUGAUUUGGUACCACCGAAAAAGGUACUCAAGAUGUAUCACAAGGAAAAAUACGGGAUGCUUAAAUAGCACGGCACCAUACAGGCCGGAGGUCAUGGUCAUCGUAGUGCGAACCACGUUGCAAGAUAAUGGUCGUGUGUUGUUUUACGUUUAGCGCUUGUGUAAGAUAUUAGCUAGAGGUGCGAUUUUAUUUACAGCCCCAUCGGAGCGAGUCCGAUUAGAAAUAGACACUUUUAUUUUCUUUC